AUGGCAACCGCAGGGUAUGGAUACUACCGCACCACAAUUUUCCUGGCCAUGUUUGUGGGCUAUACACUGUACUACUUCAAUAGGAAGACCUUCUCCUUUGUGAUGCCCUCUCUCAUGCAAGAGAUCAAGCUGGACAAAGAUGACCUGGGUAAGAGAAGCCUCACUAUUGUAUUUUACUCUGUUUCUGUCUUUCAUGUCCCUAACAACAAUUAACAACUAAAGUUUAGAUACUGCUGAUAGUGGUCUGACUGAUUGGUUUAAUUUAAUCGUUCUCUGUCCACAUUUCUAAGCCAGCAACAAUCAUAUGGGGAGAUAUCAGUUAAUGCUUUGUGUAUGUUGAUAUUAGUACCGAAAUCAAUAAAACAUUGUUCUGCCUCUGUAUUGUGUGUACUACCCCUCAGGCAUGAUCACUAGUAGCCAGUCUCUGGCCUAUGCUAUAAGCAAGUUCAUCAGCGGGGUGCUUUCGGAUCAGAUCAGCGCCCGCUGGCUCUUCUCCAUUGGCCUGUUCAUGGUUGGUGCCAUCAAUGUGGUCUUCUCCUGGUCCUCCACUGUGGCCGUUUUCUCUGGCCUCUGGUUCCUCAACGGCCUGGGCCAGGGCCUGGGGUGGCCCCCAUGUGGCAGGGUGUUGCGCAAGGUAGGACCACAAAGUAACACUGUACUCCACAGGAUAUGAAGCUGUCAGACACGUAUCAAUCAACUGCCUGCACUGUUAAAAGAUUGGUUAGUCAGUGUACUAUUUUGUAUAUCCCUGUCCAUUCAACACCAGUCAUGUCAAGCCAUGCAGCACAUCACUAGUCUGAUAUUAUGAUAUGUCAUUCCCUUCUGCCCCUCAGUGGUUUGAGCCCUCUCAGUUUGGGACCUGGUGGGCGAUUCUGUCCUGCAGUAUGAACCUGGCUGGGAGUUUAGGCCCCAUUAUUGCAACGUUGAUGGCCCAGAGCUACAGCUGGAGGACAACCCUGUCCAUCUCAGGCCUCUCCUGUUGUGUGGUCUCCUUCGUCUGCCUGCUUUUGAUCAGGAACGAGCCCAAAGACGUGGGCUUGCCCAACAUCGACGCUGGGGGGGCCAAGAAGGGCAAAGCAGGUCAGAGCUGGGACCUAACCUCAUCUUGUCCUGUGGUUGAAACAUUGCAAAAUGUGUGCGACUGUGACGUGCACAGGUUUUCGUUUGAACGCAUGCCUUUUUGUGUAUUGUCUGCAUGGGCAAUUGUGUGUAAGGUCAGUGACACUCUGUGAGAAUGGACUCUGCACCCAGUGUGCCCCUCACACGCUAGCGUGAACGAGUUCAAGAUCAUGCACACUCUAAGUGAUGUGCUAGUGUGACUGAAACCUCUCUCCCUUACCAGGCUCAUCCAUUGAUGAGACCACCUUCAAAGAGUUCAUCCUGUCCCCCUACCUGUGGCUGCUGUCUGUGGGCUACCUGGUGGUGUUCGGGGUGAAGACGGCCUGCACUGACUGGGGCCAGCUCUUCCUCAUCCAGGACAAGGGCCAGUCAACACUCAUGGGUAUGGAAGUCUGAUACAUUAAGACCUGCAUAGCUGCCUACAGAACAAGAUUCAUGACGUAAAACGCUAACCUGCCUGUUUUACUAGUAUGCAAUAGCCUACUGUUGAUAACUCAAUAAUAACUGCCUCUUGUUAAGUUUACCUGAAUGCUGCUCUUUUUCACAGGCAGUUCCUACAUGAGUGCCCUGGAGGUGGGAGGCCUUUUGGGCAGUUUAGCUGCAGGAUACUUCUCUGACAAGGCUGUGGCACUAGUAGGUUGACAGUGGCAUCAUACAUUAAUUCAGAGCUCUAUACAAAUCAAUGCAGUGUUUGUAAGGUACCGUAUUUCUUUUUGUACAGCAAGGCAUGAAAAGCCAUGGAAACCCCCGUCAUUUUCUCUUGAUCUCAAUGAUGGCUGGGAUGUUUGGUUCCAUGUAUCUAUUCCGGGUCACUGUCACGCCAGACAGCCCAAAGGUAUAGUAAGCACAUUAUGUUCCUCAAAACUCAUUUCAGCCAAUACACUAUUAGUCUAUGUUUGUUAGUUCAUGUUUUUCUUUUUUGUGUUAUAAAUUCAGAUGUGGAUCCUCUUCUUGGGGGCUACAUUUGGCUUCUCAUCUUAUGGACCAAUAGCCUUGUUUGGCGUGAUAGCCAAUGAGAGUGCUCCUUCAAACUAUUGUGGAACGUCACAUGCUAUCGUUGCCCUAAUGGCCAACAGUAAGUUUAUCUCAACCAAAUUCUCUCAAAUUCUAAUGAAUGCUUUUCUCAAAAAAUUUUUGUAAAGUAUUCUGGUGUCUUGGAUUUACUAGCAGUACCAGACAGGUAGUUCAACAACUAAAUCCAUAUAUCCUAUUUAUGAGAACCAGCCGAAUUUACAUCCCUGUAUUGUUUUCAGUUGGUGGCUUCUGCUCUGGACUGCCGUUCAGCACCAUCGCCAAGCACCAUGGAUGGGAAAUGGCCUUCUGGGUAGCAGAGAUCACCUGUCUUGUCACUACCAUCAGCUUUUUCCUGCUGAGGAACAUCAGAACCAAGAUGGGUCACGUCCCCAAGAAGGCUGACUGA